AUACGAUACUUUUGGCGCUUAAAAUACAACCCAUAACCUCUUUAAAACUUUUGUUUACAUUUUAAGUUAUUUAUCAACUAGAUAUUUAAUUAUAUCUAAAUAGUAAAAAUGGUAACAAUAAGCAUUGAAAUAUUUGAUAGCCGUGUUUAAAAAAUAAAUUAUUAAAUUGUUAUAAGCAACAAGUAAAAAAUAUUGAUUAAGUAAAACGUGAGAACUAAAUUUAAAAUGAAAAGUAAAAAAGGACAUAUAACAAGAAAACAACGCCUGGCAAAAAAGGAAGCAGAAGCUAAAGCGCUUGUAGACAAAGCAAACUCUCUUGUUGAUCCUCUUUCAUUAUUAGAUUCAUUUAAAUCUUAUACAACAAAUCGUAAUAUUAAAUUUAAUUUAAAAUGUCAUAAAGUAAAGAAUUUAUCAUCAGAAUUAUUGUUAUGGAUUUUUGAUCUUAUGGAGCGUAAUAUGAAGACACUUUAUGAACAAUCUCAUUGGGGGUGGAAUAAAAGUUCUAAACACAAAGAACUGACUGAACCGACUGCUUGGUAUUUAAUUGCAUUUUUAGAUGACGAACCAGUUGGAUUUUCUCAUUUUCGUUAUGAUUUAGAUGAUAAAGUUGAAGUUUUGUAUUGCUAUGAACUGCAAUUAGAAUCCAAAGUAAGAAAACAAGGUCUUGGACGAUUUAUGAUGAAUACUUUGGAGGCAUUAUCAGUUCAAAGUGCUAUGAAAAAAGUUGUUCUUACAGUUUUAAAACAUAAUCCAGAUGCUAAAAUAUUUUUUCAAUCAUUAGGUUAUAAAGUGGACACAACAAGUCCAUCAGAUUGGGAAAAUCUAGAUUACUUAAUUCUAAGUAAAUAAAAUAUCACCGAUUAUCAUUAAUAUGUACUACUGUAUUAUAAGAUUUAAAAAAAAAAAAAAAUCUUAUUGAAAAGAAAACGAACAGUAUUAGUAA